AUGGAUAUGACUUCAUCAACCAUUGACAUCAGCAUGGACUCACCCAGCUGCAAGAUCUCGAUGCUCUGGAACUGGAACACCGUGGAUGCAUGCUUCAUCUCUGAAUCCUGGCACAUCACAUCAUCAUGCAUGUUCGCCGGUUCCUGCAUCGGCAUCGUCUUUCUCGUCAUUUGUCUCGAACUCCUCCGUCGCAUGGCCAGCGAAUACGACGCGUUCAUCAUCAACCGCGCCAGGCUUAAAGCCGAUACCGGGGACGCUACAAAACAGGACCAGACCCAAUUCAUCUUCCGGCCCAGCCAGGGUGAGCGGAUCAUCCGGGCCACCUUGCAUGUGUUGCAGUUUGCAGUGGCUUAUUUCGUGAUGCUUCUGGGGAUGUACUACAAUGGGUACAUUAUCGUUUGUAUCUUUGUUGGGGCGUUCGUGGGGUUUCUGCUCUUUUCGUCCGGGAAGGUGGUUGGUGAUGAGAUCAGGAACGACGCCACAUCCGUGACUAAAUGCUGCGGCUAG